UGUGACCAUCAUUCAAGCUCCUCACAGCUAGCUGUACUGCCAGCCCACCUCCUCUCUCUCUCUCUCUCUCUCUCUCCUUCACGCUAUAUCACCCCCUUCCAUCGGCCUGACGCUUCCCCAUCUCUCAAGAAUUUGUGCUCUCCUCUUCCCUUCCUGACACUGUAGAAAGCUCUGAUGGAUAGUAGAUUUCUAGUGUUGGUGGCUCUCUGCGUGCUGCCGGUGCUGGCGACCGCCGCCGACGAGAAGCAGUACACGGUGGAGGGCCGCGUCUACUGUGACACUUGCCGUGCCGGUUACGAGACCGAAGCCACCCCUGGCAUCCCCGGUGCUAAGGUGGCGAUCGAGUGCAAGAACAGGGUGAGCUCCGAAGUUACAUUCCGCACCGAGGGGGUAACGGACUCAAAGGGAAAAUACGCCAUCACCGUCACCGGCGACCGCGGCGAUGACAUCUGCGACGCAGUCACCCUGAGCAGCCCGCUCUCCUACUGCUCGGAGGCUGACCCAGGUCGUAACCGCGCCCGAGUGAUCCUCACCAACUCAAACGGCCUUGUCUCUUCCACUCGCUACGCCAAUGCCAUGGGGUUCUUUAGGUACGAGCCCAUGUCAGGCUGCGCCCAGCUGCUCAAGAAGUACGAGGAAACUGAUAUCUAGAACAAGAAUUCUUGUCAUUGUUACUCACUCACUCUGUUCCAGCAAUAGUAGUACUCACUGAUGAUGAUGAUGCUCUUAGUCCCUUCAUUAUACGUUAUUGUUUCCAUUAUCUAGAAAAAGAAUUCUUGUCAUUGUGGCUUUCAAACAAACUCGUGUUUCCAUUAUCGAAUGUUUCUGUCUCUGUGCUCUGGUGGGUUCUGUGUUUACUCUAGAAUAACACUCUGUGAUGAUGCCCCAAGUGAUUGAUUGCCUGCUUCUCUGAAGCGUUCAUGGCCGAGCACUGGGGUUGCUGUGUCACAGAUCCUCGGAACCUGCAAUGGUAAUUUGUAUUGUAUGUUAUGUUAGUACAAUUAUAUGAGGAAUUAUUGUAAA